CGGAUCCUGGGGCAUAAGUUGUUCGGCUGGAGAAGCUCCACAGCUUAGAAAAAGUUUGGUCCAGACGUGUAAAUUGGUUUAAAGCUGGAAUUUAAAUUAGUUUAAAGCUGUUUAUCCGAACCAAAUCUACCAAGGUUGGUUGGGGGUUUAGAUUGGAAGAUGUUGUAUUCAUGCGCUCUCACAAGCCACUUGUUGUUGAGCCCCAACACGCUUUCUUCGCCUCCUACGUUUCACACAUUCAGAAGCAAAUGCCAAGUGAACAGGAGGGGGUUUUCUUUGAGGGGACUUCUUGUUACUGGAGCUUCUGCCAUGCCCUCUUCUUUAAUUGCUCAACCUCAUCAAGGAUUGGAGAGAUUGCCAUUCAAACCAGAAGGUUACAAUUUUUGGAAUUGGCGAGGUCACAAAAUACAUUACGUAGAACAAGGUGAAGGAUUUCCAAUCGUUCUUAUCCAUGGUUUUGGUGCGUCUGCAUAUCAUUGGAGGUACAACAUACCUGAAUUAUCUAAAAGAUACAAGGUUUACGCUAUAGAUUUGCUAGGAUUUGGCUGGAGUGAGAAGGCACUUGUAGACUAUGAUGCAUUGAUCUGGAGGGAUGAGAUCGUGGAUUUCUUGAAAGUGAUAGUGAAAGAACCAGCAGUUGUAGUCGGAAACAGUCUUGGAGGAUUCACUGCUUUAUUGACAGCAGAGGCAUUGCCAGAACAAAUCGUGGGAGUUGCAUUGCUGAACUCUGCAGGACAGUUUGGGAAUCCUAUUGAUGAGACCGUUGAACCCACGGAGUUAUCCUUCGGAAGUACCGUCCUAGCACCAGUGAAGGAUAUAUUUCAACGCGUAGUUCUUGGAUUUUUAUUUUGGCAAGCCAAGCAACCUGCUCGUAUCGAAUCCGUUCUAAAAAGUGUAUAUAAGAAUACCACUAACGUGGAUGACUAUCUUGUGGAGUCUAUAUUACAACCAGCAACAGACCCAAAUGCAGGAGAAGUCUAUUACAGCUCUAAUCGUAGCAUCAUGUCCACACUCUACAGAUUGAUGACAAGGUUCAUGUCAAAUCAAAGAAAGUACACACUUGACAGCGUCUUAGGUAACCUAUCUUGCCCAUUAUUAUUGCUUUGGGGUGACCUGGACCCUUGGGUAGGUCCUGCCAAGGCUAUCAGCAUUAAAGAGUUCUACCCAAAAACAUCCAUCGUUAACCUCCAGGCUGGACAUUGUCCCCAUGAUGAAGUGCCAGAACUUGUGAACAAGGGAUUAAUUGACUGGAUGUCAAGUUUGCAAUUCACAUCCCCUGUCAUGUUGUAACCUCGUACGGGCCUUGGAGGAUACAGUAAUACACUUUCGAGUACUAUGUAUAUUUAAUGGUUGGGUGUGUUGAGUUUGAGGAAAAUGUAUAGACUUUCGUAUAAAAAGAUAUUAUGAAAUUAGAGAGAGAAAUGUAGAGAGAAUACCUGAAUCUUGAAGAGAAAGCUAUCAUUCAUAUUUGCUUA